UAGAAAAACGAUAAUUAGAGGCAAUAUUUUUAAAAUAAAUAAACAUCAACUAAUUCUAUCGUAACAAAAUAUCGACUCCGGCCUGCAUGCUCUAUCUCCGUCCGUCUUUCGAAAUGAGACAGUGAUGGCUGAGCGCUCGUGCCAGACGGACCUGUACUAGGUGUCCCCAAAACAAAUAUAAGAUUUACUUAUAAAAACUGUGCUGUGUUGUGUGUCCUAGUGAUAUACCGUGUGCACCAAAACCUUUAAGUUAUAAUGGGUAACAAGCAAUUGAAUAAAAAGAAGACAUCUCGAAAAAGACAACUCGGAAGAUUCCAACAAACAAUGGAACUAACGAAAAGAAGAAAAUUGGAUAAUUUCACAGCCGAACAUGAUACUAUAUCUUUAGACUACAUCGAACUGCAAAAUAUGGAAAUGGAAUCUCCGAUUUCAUCAACCACUGACAUUCAAAGUAACGAUGAGGCGACCGGCUCAAACAUUUUGAACCCACGCAUUGCACAGGUGGAUGACACUUAUCGGGUUCCUAGUAUAUUAGAGGAAGAAGAUACCCAUGAGUUACAAAUAUCGUUCAAUGUGGAAGAAGAGCUUCCUGACAAAACCGUCGGUCGAAGAAUUGUCGCAGUUAGUUACCAUUCGAUUCGAUUCCUCGCAUUUUAUCCAAUAAAAGAUUGUAUGGAAACUAUAUACAUAAACGCAAUAUUUCACCGACAAAAUCAAAUAGACACUUACCCAGAGGAACCACAUUCGCUGAUACUGAACACAGGCCAACGACGGCCAACAGGCAAGCAGUAA